UAUAGUUCAUUGUCAUAUCAAAUGGGGAGAUGGGAAACAGACCACUGUGAGAAAAUUGAAAUGCAAUCAAAUGAUUCAUCGAUGGACAGGAACAACAGUACUAGCAUGAAAGGACCCAUGGUUUAUGGACGAAGGGCAGUUGAGCUCCAUGGCAAACCUGUGUUUCCUCAAAAGGGACUAUUACAGGUUCCUUUUCAACAGCACCAUUACUGGAGUAGAGAUGCUGCAGGAAGACCAAUCUUCGGGAGCCAUCAUAUAGUAAACUAUAGUUCCUACUGCCUGGUUUCACAUCCUACUGCUUCUGCAUGUGGGCACCAAAAUAUGCCAUACCCAGGAAGAUUUCAGGCACCAGUUCGUGGUUGGCGUCCACAAUACAAUUGGGUGAAAAUACCAUUGCUGAACCAUGCAUUUGUUAACCCUGAUGCUGCCUUUCGGUUCAUGCCAUUAUACUCAAGAUUCAAAGUUCGCAAUGAAUACAAAGUUAAAAGCAGUAUCACUCCUGGAGUGAGUGCAAAGAAGUGGGUUCCUGUUGGUUUGAAGGAGUCUUGUAAAGGGACAACUAGUUCUAUAAGUACUUGCAAUGUACUACCCAAUAGCUCGUUAUUUUUGUCAAAAGAGAAAAGUGAUAGCAAUUUGAAAGGAAAUGGGGUUACACUCUAUGGAUCUGUUGCUUUAAGUGAUUCCAACAGUACCAGCUUGGUAUCAGGUGACAAAUCAACUUUAGAUGAAAGUGAAGCGAGAAAAUGUGGAUUUACAGGUGCUAGAAAAGAAGUCUAUUUUGUCAAAUACGGAGAUGAUGGUAUAGCUGAUAAAAAAAAACCAAAAGAUUCCUCCCAGUACAUGAUUGGCUCAGAGAUGAUUACAGAAGCUCUAAAUGCUGCUUACAAAGAACAAUUAGCAUCUGAGAGCUUUGAGCGUGUCACUGGCUAUCCAGUUGCAGAGUUUGAAAAAUUCCUUUGUGCCGCUGCUCCAGUUGUUGGUUCUUUGAGUGGAGAAGAUGGAUGUGUGGUUUGCUCGGAUAGUCAGCAGCCACCUAUGAUGCUCUGUAAGCACCAGAUACCUGAUGUAUCUCUCAAUGCUGUUUGGAACUGGUAUGAGGAACCUGGAAACUAUGGCCUAGAAAUUAAAGUGGAAACCUCUCAUAACUUCAAAGAGCUUUUAACAGAACCAAUGUCAUUCUGUGCUUAUUUUGUUCCUCUCCUUUCAGCUGUUCAGUUGUUUGGCUAUCGUGAUCUUUCUAGUUGUUGCAGAAAAAAUGGAAAACCAAUCAAUCUUGAAAUGCAGGAACAAGUAGUUCACUCAUUUGAGGAGCCUUUUGUUUUAUGUGAGGCUUUCUCAUGCUGGGGUGAGUCCGAGCUCGUUUUUGAAUUUUUUGAAUCCAAACAGCCUCAUCAAAGAAAGCCUCUUCAUUUGAAAAUUGUGGAGCUCAUUGAUGCUGGAAGAUCUGAUUGUCAAGUCUUUGGCGAUCCAUCAAAAUUAGAAUCUCUGAGACUGCAGGAUCUGCACCCUGCAUCUUGGUUUUCAGUGGCAUGGUAUCCAAUAUAUCAGAUUCCAGAUGGGGUGUUUCGUGCAUCAUUCUUGACUUACCACUCAUUAGGAUAUUUGGUUCAAAGAGGUGUUUCUGAUGAUUCUCUUAAGAAGAAAGCAUUUUGUAUUGUCCCCCCUGUAAUAGGACUUCAGAGCUACAACACACAGGGUGAGUGCUGGUUUGAUGCAGGGAUGCCUCUCAAAUCUUCUUUGAAAGGAAUCUAUGCCUUUGAACGGUUCUGA